GUUCGGGUCGGGUCGGAUCGGGUCUUGCCUUCACGCGAUUCGUCGGAUUUACUCGGUGUUUUUUUUUUUUUUGUUAUUAUAUUAUCCAACGAAGGCAGCACUCCCGUUCCUCGUGUCAAUUCAUUCGGAUGUGAUUUUUUUUUCGUCUAUCAUUAUUUCGGUGGAAACAAAUGUGCCAAAUCGAAUGUAAAUAUUUUCUCUGGUGUUUGUGAACGGAAGAUCAUUACGUUCUAAAUCAAUCUUUUUAUUCAGAGAUCUUGCGAGUGAUUGUGAAAUAAAGUGAACGCGCGUGGUUUUAAAACGAAACGGAAAUAAAUCAGUGAUUGAAGUUGGUGAACAUUCUAAAGAACCGAACCCCAGCAUGCUGUAGUGAUGGAAGCGAUCCGAAGAAAGUUACCUCCUAAUCCUCGGGAAGAUGCAAAUUUAUUUUCGAUACUGACAUUCUGGUGGACGAUAGAUCUGUUUAAAAAAGGCUAUUCGAAAGUUUUGGAGCUGCAAGAUCUGUUUCGACCGCUGAAAAAGGACCAGUCCGAUGUGCUGGGGGAUCGACUAGAAAAAAAAUGGUUCGAACAGAAAUCGGGCCCGGGGCGGCCCUCGCUCAUCAAGGCCAUCUUCAAAACCUUCUGGUGGGAGUACGCCAUCCUCGGCUUUAUCACCGUGAUCAACGACAUCUUCAUCCGGUUGGCACAACCGAUCUUUCUCGGGAUGCUGCUGCAGUACUUUCGAAAGGAUUCGGACGUUACAAAAGAACAGGCCAUUUACUACUCAGCAGCUUUGGUGUUACUGAACGCGCUUAGUGUGAUCACCAUCAAUCAGUACAUCCUAGGCAGUUUCCAGAAUGGCAUGAAAGUUCGGAUAGCGAUGUGUAGUGUGAUCUAUCGCAAAGCGCUGCGGCUAUCGAGAACUGCUUUGGGCGAUACAGCACCUGGAAAAGUGGUGAAUCUGUUGUCCAACGAUGUGAAUCGGUUCGACAUCGUUUCCGUUUUUCUGCAUUCGAUGUGGUCUGCUCCGCUGCUAGCGAUCAUCAUCGGAGUCCUGCUGUACAUUGAAAUCGGGGUUGCUGGAUUGAUUGGAAUGAUUGUGAUAUUUAUCGUGACACCUAUUCAGUCUUACACCGGCAAAUUGACGUCCAGGUUUCGGCUGCAAACAGCUUUACGAACAGAUGAGCGUAUUCGCCUGAUGGACGAAAUUAUCUCCGGAAUACAGGUGAUCAAGAUGUACGCUUGGGAAAAACCUUUCGCAAAACUUAUCAGGCUUGCUCGGCAGCUUGAGUUGAAGAUCGUUAAAAAAAGUGCCUACGUUCGAGGGUUGUACAUGACGUUUUUGCUGUUCACCACUAGAAUGGCAUUGUUCUGUACAAUGAUGGCAAUGGUUCUACUUGGAAAUGAUCUAACGGCGGCUAAAGUGUUUGUUGUAUCAACCUAUUUCGGCAUAUUGGCCAAUACGAUGUCUGCCAUGUUUGUGAGAGGUAUUGCUGAAAUUGCUGAAGCUUUAGUCGCGAUGAAGCGGUUGCAACGUUUCUUAGAGUAUGAAGAAAAGGAAGGCGAACUUAACGAUGCAAAGGAAAAAUUCCUCAAGGAUUUCGGAAUCAAUGGAGAUGUAUCGGAGAAGCAAAAGCUCAUCGAAUCAGAUACCCAGCUUCCAACCAACAUAGCGAUUGCUAUGAAGAACGUUACUGCGCGGUGGGGUGCUGUCAAAAUACAAGAGGCACCGGGCGAGAAACCAAAAGACAAGAAUUCUGCUCCAGUACCGAAGAUUGUAGACACCGUCAAGAAAAUGGACGAAGCAGAUGAGUCUUGGAAAUCAGCAACUCUAUCGAAUUUAAACAUAGAGUUCAGGAAAGGAAUCUUAAUCGGAGUUAUUGGGCCGGUUGGUGCAGGCAAAUCUUCGCUUCUGCAAGCUAUUCUAAAAGAACUUCCCCUAGAAUCAGGAUCCAUCGUCAGUAAGGGUAAAUUUGCUUACGUUAGUCAAGAACCUUGGGUAUUCGCUGGAACUGUUCGUCAGAAUAUUCUGUUUGGGCAAGCCAUGGAGAAAGAGCGAUACGAUGCAGUAGUGAAAGCUUGUGCGCUUGAACGAGAUUUCGAACAGUUGCCGCAUGCGGAUAAGACGAUCAUUGGUGAACGAGGAGCUGCUCUUUCUGGUGGUCAGAAAGCUCGCAUCAGUUUGGCUAGAGCGGUUUAUAGAAGAGCGGAUAUAUUCUUGAUGGAUGAUCCAUUGAGUGCAGUAGAUGCUCACGUAGGAAGGCACCUUUUCGAUAUCUGUAUCGGGCCUAGAGGACGAUUGGGUAAACUCAAGACAACCAGAAUUCUGGUAACUCAUCAGGUGCACUUCCUGAAGGAAGCUGAUUGGGUUGUAGUUAUGAACGAUGGGAAGAUUACUCUACAGGGUACUCCACAUGAGUUGUCGCAGAACGGAAUCGACUUUGUCGAACUGUUAGAAAAGUUGGAGGAAGAAGCUGGCGAUAGUGAAAGUUCAAUAAUGGUUUCGGAGCGACGAAGUCGACGAGAUUCCAAGGCAUCAUCUCGAUCAAUAGCUUCGUCGAGUCAAUCUCUCGAUGACUUUGAUGACGAAAACGAACACAAAGUGAAAGAAAAAUCAAAGUCCCCAGAAGCGGAUAUGAAUGCGGAGCUUAGCUCCAAAGGCACUGUUCAAGGAUCUGUUCUUCUUAAUUAUGUUCGAAGUGGAGCUAAUCCAGUUCUUCUUUUCGGACUGUUUUUGUUAUUUUUGUGCACUCAACUAGCAGCAAGUGGCGCAGAUUUUUGGGUGGCCUAUUGGACUUCACAAGAGGAGCAACGAAUCUUCCUGAGACACAAUAACACCGAUGACAGCAUUGAUGUUAUCGAAAGAAGUAACUCAACUUUUGAUGAUACUCCACUAACGUCCGAAAUCCCCGGGCAAUCCUUGUUGAGUACGGAAACAUGCAUGUACAUCCAUGGAGGUCUGGUGAUUAGCAUAUUCCUGAUUGCCAUUACCAGAUCCAUAAGCUUCUACAAGACAUCGGUCCGGGCGUCUCAGAACCUCCACGACAGCAUGUUCAAGGGUUGCGUAUCGACGUCGAUGCGGUUCUACGACACCAACCCAUCGGGACGUAUUCUGAAUCGAUUCUCCAAGGAUAUGGGAUCGGUUGAUGAACUGCUGCCGAAGGCUAUUCUGGAUGCUUCACAGAUCAUUCUCAGCAUGAUCGGUACAAUUGUGGUUACUGUGGUUGUGAAUCCGAUGUUUUUAGUACCACUGGCGGUCCUUGCGGUGAUUUUCAUUUACUUGCGGAAGGUCUAUCUUAAAACUUCCAAGAAUAUCAAACGUCUCGAGGGGAUAACUCGAUCACCGGUGUUCUCACAUUUGGCAGCGUCACUGGCCGGACUUCCAACGAUUCGGGCUUUUGGAGCUCAACAGGAAUUGAUCAAAGAGUUUGACUCGCAUCAAGACAUUCAUACGGCCUCGUUUUUCAUGUUUAUAACAAGCAGUACGGCCUUUGGAUUUGCCUUGGAUCUGCUGUGUUUGGUGUUCAUGUUCAUAGUGGUGUUCAGUUUCUUGGUCCUGGAGACAGGUAUUCUAGGGGAUCGUGUAGGUCUCGCGAUCACCCAGGCAAUGGCUCUGACCGGUAUGAUGCAAUGGGGUAUUCGACAGAGUGCGGAAGUCGCCAACUUUAUGAUGUCCGUCGAACGUCUACUGGAAUAUCGAGACUUGAAACCGGAGAAACAACCCGAACAACCAAGAGUCUUGAACAAGAGUUGGCCCGAAGCCGGUAGAUUGGAGUUCAAAAAUAUGAGCUACCGGUACUAUGAAGGGGCGAAUUUAGUUUUGAAAAAUCUAAAUUUCGAGAUACAUCCAAAGGAGAAGAUUGGAAUCGUUGGUCGAACUGGAGCGGGCAAAUCCUCAAUGAUCGGAGCAGUAUUCCGGUUGGCUCAAAUCGAAGGAGACAUUUUAAUCGAUGGUAUCAACACAGGAGAAAUCUCUCUGGAGAGUCUUCGUUCUAAAGUUUCGAUCAUCCCUCAGGACCCAGUGCUGUUUUCGGGUACUCUACGAAGAAAUUUGGAUCCCUUCGAGGACUAUCCCGAUUCAGACCUGUGGCAUGCCCUUGAGCAGGUCGAACUUAGAGAGAUUGCAAAUGGACCAUUGGGUCUCCAGAUGGCCGUUGCUGCUGGAGGUUCCAACUUCAGCGUAGGUCAAAGGCAGCUUAUAUGUUUGGCUCGUGCUAUCCUGAGAAGUAACAGAAUCCUCGUUUUAGAUGAAGCCACGGCUAAUGUUGACCCUAACACUGACCGUCUGAUCCAGGAGACCAUCCGAAUCAAAUUUGCUGAGUGCACCGUAUUGACGAUCGCCCAUCGUCUCAACACAAUCAUGGACUCGGAUCGGGUUCUGGUGAUGGAUGCUGGAGAAGCAGUAGAACUUGCCACACCCUGGGAGUUACUGGAGAUGCCCGUUGGGGUGUUCAAAGAAAUGGUUUUGGCCACCGGUCCGGCCGAAUCGGAGAGACUCUUCCAAAUCGCCAAACAAAAGUUCGAUGAAAAGCACGGCCAAUGAUCAGCCACAAAAGAAUACUUGCAACUAAAGUAUUAUGAAUACAGGUUUGGGAAUGUUCGAUUCUCUCUCCCCACUGAAGCGAAGAGAUUCGCUUUUUUAACCCAUCAAAAAGUGCCCUUAUAUUAUAAACAAAGAUCGCACAAUCACCAGUGAUUCAUAUUAUUCCGAACAAAUCUAUUUACUAUACAAGUUUCGAAUCUAGAUUGGUAGGAUAAAAGCCAAUACUUUGAAUUAGGAAUAAUAACGCUCGGAACUAAAGGCUAGUCCACACUAGGAGAUAGUUGAUCUCGAGACGGUCUCAAUGUCUCCCAUUUUAUUCGGGAGACUUUGAGACCGUCUCAUGUUUCCAAUAACAAUAACAGACAACAAAGUUCGUUUCACAACAAAAAUCCAUAUUCAAGUUACUUAGUGUGGACUAGGCUUAAGAAGUAGUUACUUAAACAAUCUGUGAACAAUCUAAGUGUAUCAAUUAAAUAUUUCUCAUAUUUAUAGCUAGAAAUAUGUUACAUAUUGUUAAACUCUGAAUGGUAAUUUCCCGAAUAAAUGUGUUGAUAGUUUUAU